CCAAAUCGUUCGUUUCUUAAAGUUUACUUCGUUUUUUCUACCGGUGCGAUAAAGGCAAUUACCGGUCCGGCAUACUUUUCUGUGUUCUUUAUUUUUGCCGCCGGCAAGAGAAUCUGAGAUUUGAGAGAUGGAGACACCUUCAAAGAUAAAGAAGGGUGCCGGAGGAAGGAGAGGAGGUGGACCAAAGAAGAAGCCCGUUUCUCGCUCUGUGAAGGCUGGUCUACAGUUCCCUGUUGGAAGGAUCGGCCGUUACUUGAAGAAAGGUCGAUAUGCUCAGCGUGUGGGAACUGGUGCACCGGUGUAUUUAGCAGCCGUGCUUGAGUAUCUAGCAGCUGAGGUUUUGGAGUUGGCCGGAAACGCAGCCAGGGAUAACAAGAAGAACAGAAUUAUACCAAGACACGUUCUGUUAGCAGUGAGGAACGACGAGGAGCUUGGGAAACUCCUAGCUGGUGUAACGAUUGCCUAUGGAGGUGUCCUUCCCAAUAUCAACCCUGUUCUGUUGCCCAAGAAGUCCGAGAAGACUGCAACUAAAGAGCCAAAGUCUCCUUCUAAGGCCACCAAAUCCCCCAGGAAGGCGGCGGCUUAAUUUGCCUAGUAUCCCAAAACCCCUCUUUUCUCACCUUGUAUUAUGUGCUUUGUGGAUGUGUAGAUCUUAACAUUUUAAUCAUUUGUACCCUUGGGAUAUCUGAUCUUUGUUUUUAGGAACUUCGAUUAAUGAAUGCUGAUUGCAGAUCUGUUAGACUUCUUUCCCU